ACUGUGUUAUUACACAUAUUGGAUGAUUAUAGGCUGAAAUCGUUUUGAAUAAAUAUAGUUUGUAUCGCAGCAUCACCGGUAUGUGGAUAGUGUCCUGUCGGCAAGAGCAAAUCACAAUAAUUAGAUCAUCCAGAUGUUUUAAUGGAUACGGAUUUUACACCAGCCUCUCUCUGAGGGCAUGCACCCAUGCAUUUUGGAAUUUAUCAUGGCUAUUUCCUUUUGCAAUUCUACAACAAAAAUGUACAUUUGAAAUAAAGUACACGGAAGAAAUAUUAGACGACAUUUUCAUACAUUUUGGGUGUACUAGAUUGCUAAUAUUUAGAUUUCAUAUUGACGCAGGACGCAAUACUGCGUGCGCAUAUAUUGCUCCCUUCCAGGACCGUUUAGCAGUCCAUUCAAGCGGACAGUUUUGGAGAGAAUGUUGAGAGCGUCGAGAUGGAGCCCAACUCACUCACGUGGGUCGGCUCACCUUGCGGUUUUCACGGACCUUACAUUUUCUACAAGGCUUUUAGGUUUGACAUUGAAGCCAAUCCUCGGAUCCUGUCUGUGGGAGACUUUUUCCUAGUGAGGUGUAGACCCGGGGAACCGCUCUGCAUAGCGGAGCUACAGCUGUUAUGGGAAGAAAGAAGCAGAAAACUACUUUUAUCCAGCUCCAAACUUUAUUUUCUCCCCGAAGACACCCCUCAGGGACGGACUGUCAGUCACGGAGAGGAUGAGGUCCUGGCUGCGUCUGAGAAGGUGGUGGUGAAGUUACAGGACCUGGUCAGAUGGACUGUAUGGGACUCUUCAGGUUGGAGCAGGGGCCUGAAGGCUGCACCUCUAAAGCCCAGUGAGGUGCUCCAAGAGCUGGAGAAGAAUGGACAGAGAGACGCCCCCGUCCUCCACCGGUACAGAGAGUCAAUACUCAACAGCGGCCUCAACAUCAAAGACGUUUUAAAGGACAAGACUCUACUAGGUGAUGACGGGGACCAGAAGCGUGUGUCGGUGCUGUCUUACCCCCAGUAUUGUCGCUACCGUUCCCUAUUGGCCAGGCUGAAAGAAAGAUCCGCCUCCGUCCUCACCUCACAGGUGGUUCUGGCCCUGGGGGGCGUGACCUCACUCACAGACCACACCCACAUCCUGUACUGCAGGGACACCUUUGAACACCCCACCCUCAUCGACAACGACAAUGUCUGUGAUGAGUUCGCUCCCAACCUGAAGGGCCGGCCUCGGAAAAAGAAGCUAUCUGUCUCGCAACGCUGCGACUCCCAGAAUACAACAGCAGGCAAGGAGAAGUGCAACACAGAGGGCAAGGCCCCUGCCAAGGUGAAGCCUGAGUCCAAGGCAGUGCUGUCCAGGUGGCCUAAAGGAAUCAGUAGAGGCAGCAGCUGCUGUAAGAGGGUCUCCCCUAAAGGAAGAACAGGGGGAGGAAGUGAGGAGUGUCCUCCUGAUGAACAGGCCUUCCUAGUAGCUCUGUAUAAAUACAUGAAGGAGAGGAGGACGCCCAUAGAGAGGAUCCCCUACCUGGGCUUCAAACAGAUAAACCUUUGGAACAUGUUUCAAGUAGCAGAGACCCUUGGAGGAUAUGAGCUGAUCACAUCGCGCCGACAGUGGAAACAUGUUUAUGACGAGUUAGGAGGAAACCCAGGAAGCACCAGCGCUGCAACCUGCACCAGACGACACUAUGAAAGGCUUAUCCUGCCCUAUGAGAGGUUCACUAAAGGAGAGGAAGAUAAGCCCCUCCCCCUAUCCAAACCCCGUAAAGACCUCACCACCCAGCAGGAGGUCCCCAAGACCAAGGUUCCCACGGUGACGCAGUGCCCCAAAGAGGAGCAACACCCACAAAACUCCCAACCCCCCAGGACUGAACAGGACCCCUGUGCUAAAGACCUGGAACUCUCACCAGAGUGUGAGGAGAAGGAAAGUAGUCUGGAGGAGGAGGGAGUCAAGGUGAAGCAGGUGGUGCCCCUGCCGGCUGGUGAGGUGAGCAGGAGCACCAGUGAGGAGGAGGAGCCAGUAGCGGUCUGCAUCAAGGAGAGGGUUCUACACCAAGGAGUUUCCUGGGAGAACAACGAGAAGCCACCUUCAGACACCACUACACUCCACUUCUUCCCUGUAGACACUCCCACUCCAAUAAACCACUCCCACCCUCAGGACCAAUGGCAAAAGGAGCUGCCCGACUAUGCCAACCCAUGUCCCCAGGCCAGGCUGGACCAGUCUGGGUUGACUGAGGAGCCCCAGGGCCCUAAACCUGGCAUAGUGGGGGUGGUGCUCCCCAUUCGGCAGAGGUCCCUACAGUCCCCCAGGGCUCCAGAGGACACCACAGACAGAGCACAGCUCCCUGGACAGGACCACUCCUGUUACAGAUACUCUACUAUACUCUACCCAGGCAGAGCCCAUCCUGGACCUGGCAACAACCAUCCAGGCACCAACCCUGGCAUCAACCAUCCAGGCACCAACCAUCCAGGCAUCAACUCUGGCACCAACCAUCCAGGCACCAACCAUCCAGGCACCAACCAUCGAGGCACCAACCAUCCAGGCACCAACCAUCCAGGCAUAAACCAUCCAGGCACCAACCAUCCAGGCAUCAACCAUCCAGGCACCAACCAUCCAGGCACCAACCAUCCAGGCACCAACCAUCCAGGCAUAAACCAUCCAGGCACCAACCAUCCAGGCAUAAACCAUCCAGGCACCAACCAUCCUGGCACCAACCCUGGCACCAACUCUGGCACCAACCACCCAGGCACCAUGUCUGAUCUAGCCAAGAAGAAGCUACUCUCUCAGGUCAAUGGGACCGCCCCUGGGCCAUCUCUGCCCAAUCACUACGCCAUUGGCCCGCCCCCACCCCUCAUCAACACAAGCCUGGCUAUUGGCAACGCAGAGGAGUCGGCCAGUCAGCCAAUAGCAGGCUGUCAGGGUUCCUGCAGCACAGACACAGCUGUGGUCAAACGUCCGUCUGUCAUCCAGCAUGCCCAGAGCUUCAAGCCGCUGUUCUGCGAGACAGGGGACAGGAGGGAGAGGGAGGGCCUGAACAGGAACAUGUAUAAACCAGGGGAACCCUACUCUCCCUGUGACCUGACCCAGCACCAUCCCCUAUCCCAUCCACCCCCCCAGACUAGACACCAUCCCCAGCCCCACCCUAACUCACCCUGUGACCUGACCCAGCACCAUCCCCUAUCCCACCCACCCCCAGACUAUACACUAUCCCCAAUCCCAUCCACCCCCAGACUAGACACCAUUCCCAGCCCCACCCUAACUCUCCCGCCCCACCCUAACUUUCUCUAUGACCUGACCCAGCCCCACCCUAACUCUCCCUGUGACCUGACCCAGCCCCACCCUAACUCUCCCUGUGACCUGACCCAGCCCCACUCUAACUCUCCCUGUGACCUGACCCAGACUCUCCCUGACCUGACCCAGCCCCACCCUAACUUUCCCUAUGACCUGACCCAGCCCCACCCUAACUCUCGCUAUGACCUGACCCAGCCCCACCCUAACUCUACCUAUGACCUUUACCUACGGAGACUUCUCCCCCUCCACCCCCAGAACCUCCACAGUUUGUACAACCAUACAGAGACUCACGUCAGCCAGUUCAUCAGCAGCAGGGAGAGGGAGACAGCCUUACCCAGGGACUGUGAGGCCGCGCCGCGGUUCCCCUCUAAACACCCCAACACAAUGGGUCUGGGGGGCUACUGUGCCCGUAUAAACCCCAUGACCCCCACCCUGACCCCUCACACACUAAGAGACAAGACGUCCCUCGUACAGACAAGCUCAGAAGACCAACCCACAGACUUAAGUCUUCCCAAGUCCUCUCCUCACAAACCUACCCCCUCCACUGCCACACCCUCCCUUCACAACAACCCCCACCCCCUCAUGCCCCUCCAGGAUACUGGGAGGUUCUGUAGAGUCCCCCCCAUGACCAUGUCCUCCAGCCCCAGACAGCCUGCAGACCCCCAGCCUAACCCCAGGGGGAAGACCCUGAAUGGCCAGAGAGGAGGAUGGGAAGACCAGGGGCUGGGACACAAGAUGGAGGAGCUAAACAGACCCAUCCUAGGCACCAAGAAUACGUCCAGACCACAGAACAACGUGUGCACGGCGCGCCCACUGAAGAGGAGUCUGGAGGAGCGGGAGAACGGGCCCCCAGAGAGGAAGAUCAGAGCUGUCACUCCCAUGCACUCCUCCUCUUCCUCCUCAUCCUGUACAAUCAGGGACAGAGACAGGGAGUGCUACUCGGAGUGGAAGGUCAGUACCCCAGCGAUGGAGGGGGUGGUACCAGCCGACCCCCAGCCAGCCCCGGCCCACAGCCUCCACCUACACAUCAACUCCUUCGUGGAAGGACACAAGUUCCCCUUCCACUCCUCCCCCCUGUUCCCCGGGGGCCUCUACCCAGAGGCCUUCAUCUCUCAGAUCCAGGAUAUGUGUGAGGGCCUGGGCCCCCACAGGCCCCUGGGGUACCACCCCCUACAGUACCUGAAGAACCAGGCCGGCCUCUCUCCUCUGGUCCCGCCCUUCGCUUUCCACUCCUUCAUGAUGCAAAGACAGGCUCACAGCCCCGCCCACAUGUACCGGCACCCUAUGGGAGCCUCGUAUGGGGAACUGUUGCAUCAUGGUCUACACCCCAUGUCUUCCAUGUCUGCCCUCAACACACAGCAACACCCAGACAUCAGCCCCUCACAGCUCUCCUCUGUCAACCCCAACACCAAACUAUCAUAACCCUAACCCUCCCUUCAGAGCCUCACAGCUCUCCUCUGUCCACCCCAACACCAAACUAUCCUAACUCAACCAUUCCCUACAGACAAGUCGGAAGUUUACAUACACCUUAGCCAAAUACAUUUUUCACAAUUCCUGAUGUUUAAUCCUAGUAAAAAUUCCCUGUCUUAGGUCAGUUAGAAUCACCCCUUUAUUUUAAGAAUGUGAAA